AUGGAACGUAGCAAUAAAUAUAAAUAAGAGAAAUAUAAAAGGGUAAAUGAUGAAGUUGGAGGAAAGUCUUGGAUCAAAGAAGCUAUUUCACCUGACAAUACACAAAGACAUCAAAUUUAAACAGGUCCUAGAGGAGGACAAUACUUUGACAAUAGCUCUGGAAGAAAAGUAUAUACUAAUACUGUUUCUCAUGUAGUUAAUGUAUAUCCUGAAAAUUCUUUCAACGGUACUACUCCUUAGGAAAAAAUACCUUAUUUUGGUUACGGUAACAAAAAAAAAGAUAAAUAAUGA